GCCCCACUGGAAUCGUCUUUACAUGAUGGAGAAGCGAGAAACACUCCUUUACUUUUGUUUUUUGACACCAUUUGACGUUACACCAAUGAAUUGCGUAGUCUUAGUCUAAACGGAUUGUUUAUUUUGACUUUACUUUUGUGAUAAUCGCCCACUAAAGCUUGUAGUUGGUUGAUAAAUAACAGGUUUAAAUAUGCAAAACUACGCAGACAAUAUCAGGGACUUUGCAGAGAGGCACGCGAGUGGUCUUGCUGUUGCUUUUGUUGCAGGGGCAGGCGUACUGGCCUUGCGCAGGUGGAUGGCUGGGGGGGUGUGUCGGAGCAAGGUCAGGCUGGAUGGGAAAACAGUCCUGAUCACAGGAGCCAACUGUGGCAUUGGGAAGGAGACGGCCCUGGAUAUGGCCCAGCGAGGAGCCAGAGUGAUCCUAGCUUGCAGAGACAUGACAAGAGCCCGCAUAGCAGCGGACGAGAUCCGGCAGGAGAGCGGAAACGGCAACGUGGUGGUAAAGAAACUGGACCUGGCCUCGCUGCAGUCUGUCAGGGACCUGGCCAAAGAUGUCCAGGACAAUGAGGAACGUUUGGACAUCCUCAUCAACAAUGCAGGUAUCAUGUUGUGUCCUAAGUGGAAUACAGAGGAUGGCUUUGAAAUGCAGUUUGGUGUCAACCACCUGGGACAUUUCCUCCUCACCAACUGUCUUCUUGACCUGCUGAAGAAGUCAACUCCAAGUCGCAUUGUCACCGUCUCCAGCCUGGCACACGAGAAGGGCCACAUUCAAUUUAAUGACAUCAACUCUGACAUAGAAUACGAACGUGAGAAGAGCUACCGCCAAAGCAAGCUGGCCAACGUGCUCUUCAGCAGAGAACUGGCUUCCAGACUGAAAGACACGGGUGUGACGGUGUACUGUCUUCACCCCGGGGUCAUCCGCACCGAAUUAGGCCGCCACUUGUUCCCUACUUUAGCUCUGUGGCAGAGGAUCUUAGCCACAUUUAUUUUAAUGUGGUUUAAAAGUCCCUGGCAAGGAGCUCAGACCACCAUCUACUGCGCUGUGGACGAGAGCCUGGAACACGUCAGUGGCCUCUACUACAGUGACUGUGCCCCCAAACAGCCGGCACCCCAGGCCCUGAAUGAUGCUGCAGCCAAGAAGCUGUGGGACCUCAGUGCCUCCAUGGUUGGUCUGGCUUAAACACAACAAGCUCUCCUGCUUUUAUCACCUACUCCUCCCUGCUGAGGUCAGCGCCCUGUUGACACAGGUGAAUAAAUCACUGCUAAUGAGUAUUUAUAUCUAACGGGGAAGGGCAUUACGUUAAUAAUGAGGAUUUGUACGUUUUCAGACCUAAAACAUUUGAGUACAACAAGUUGCACUAUCUAAUCUCACAGUCAGUUGAUUGGAUUGAUACCCUUAAGUGUGUCCUCUUUAGACUUCAGACUCUGCAUUAUGAUGUGUGCUUUGUUGUAUAUGAAUGGUAUGCUGCUAUCUGAUGCAAUACUUGCUUUUAAAUCUAACACCUUGCUGGACUUUUGUUUGCAUUUCAAUGAGCAAUUAACUUUUUUACAUGUAGCUUUUAUUUUUAAAUGGAAUACCAAAAUGCUUAUGGGACAAACAGGCUUGCAUUUUUCUUCAUCUUGUGAUUUAUGAUGUACCAGGAGAUGAUUUAUGAUGUACUUAUACGACUUCAAUCUGCUGCUUUUAUUCAUGGCAUAGAACAAUAACUGCAAACAUACAGUGAAAUGAUUGUAUAUCAACCUCAUUGCCUAAAAUGUAUAAAGAAAUGUAAGGCAAAAAUACAUUUUCCUAAGAAGUGCAAAAAAAGAUGACUGCAUAUGUGCGUAGAUUUGAGGUUGACUGUGUUGAAGUGUUGCACUGACGCUGAAAAGUGACCUUACAGUAAGUUUCUGUUGACGGAGGUGAAGAGAUUGUUCAGAGCAGAUAGAGUCCUCCACCAGGUGCAGAGAGGGAGUGGACGCCUCAGGGGCGGAGAGCAUAGUGUGUGUGUGUGUGUGUGUGUGUGCGUGUGCGUGUGUGUGUGUGCUGUUAUUUGUUGUAUCAUGAUUUGUUGCUUUUGUUCUUUGAAGUGGGAAUCGAAGCGUGUGUCUAACUCAAAAUGAAGUGACCAACAGGGAACCAUCAACAAUGUAAAGCUUUUGGCAAUAAAUGACUGAUUUAAACUGA